AUGGAAAUGUCAAUGAGUAAUUGUGGUUGUGAGCGAAAAAAGACUGUGAAGGAAAGUUGGAAAUUUAAUGAAAAUAAAACGAAUUACGAAGAGGACGAUCAAAUAUUUACUAAAAAUCAAUUGAAGGGCAGAUGCUUACAACGAAACACAUCCACAACCCACCACCAAGAGACUCAUAAAAGUUAUUUACUUUCUCUUAAUACAAAAAACAUCCUUACGCAUCCAAUGACUGAGAUUGAAGAUGUAAACUGA